UUUAGCGCUCUCCUAUACUAUUUAUUGAUUCAGUCUGUGAGAGAGUCUGAACGAGAGAGGGAGAGAGUUAGAGAGGCUCAGUCUGUGAGUGAACCUGAACAGGAGAGGGAGAGAGUUAGAGAGGCUCAGUCUGUGAGAGAUUCUGAACAGGAGAGGGAGAGAGUUAGAGAGGCUCAGUCUGUAAAUGAGCCUGAACAGAAGAGGGAGAGAGUUAAAAAGGUUCAGUCUGUAAUUGAGCCUGAAAAUGAGAGGGAGAGAGUUAGAGAGGCUCAGUCUGUGAGGGAUGCUGAACAGGAGAGGGAGAGAGUUAAAGAGGCUCAGUCUGUGAGAGAGGCUGAACAGGAGAGGGAGAGAGUUAAAGAGGCUCAGUCGGCGAGAGAGACUGAACAGGAGAGGGAGAGAGUUAAAGAGGCUCAGUCGGUGAGAGAGACUGAACAGGAGAGGGAGAGAGUUAGAGAGGCUCAGUCUGUAAAUGAGCCUGAACAGAAGAGGGAGAGAGUUAAAAAGGUUCAGUCUGUAAUUGAGCCUGAAAAUGAGAGGGAGAGAGUUAGAGAGGCUCAGUCUGUGAGGGAUGCUGAACAGGAGAGGGAGAGAGUUAAAGAGGCUCAGUCUGUGAGAGAGGCUGAACAGGAGAGGGAGAGAGUUAAAGAGGCUCAGUCGGUGAGAGAGACUGAACAGGAGAGGGAGAGAGUUAAAGAGGCUCAGUCUGUGAGAGAGCCUGAAUAGAAGAGGAAGAGAGUUAGAGAGGCCCAGUCUGUGAGAGAGGCUGAACAGGAGAGGGAGAGAGUUAAAGAGGCUCAGUCUGUGAGAGAAGCUGAACAGGAGAGGGAGAGAGUUAAAGAGGCUCAGUCUGUGAGAGAGGCUGAACAGGAGAGGGAGAGAGUUAAAGAGGCUCAGUCGGUGAAAGAGGCUUAACAGGAGAGGGAAAGAGUUAAAGAGCCUCAGUCAGUGAGAGAGGAUGAACAGGAGAGGAAGAGAGUUAGAGAGGCUCAGUCUGUGAAAGUGGCUGAACAGGAGAGGGAGAGAGUUAAAGAGGCUCAGUCUGUGAGAGAUUCUGAACAGGAGAGGAGGAGAGUUAGAGAGGCUCAGUCUGUGAAAAAGGCUGAACAGGAGAGGGAGAGAGUUAAAGAGGCUCAGUCGGUGAAAGAGGCUGAACAGGAGAGGGAGAGAG